AUGUCUGGCAUUCAAUUAAGCGACGAAGUUACUUCUCUUUACAACGAGUUCAAGUUGUCCCACAAGUGGAGAUACAUUCUUUUCAAGAUGAACGACAAGAUGACAGAAAUUGUCGUUGAUAAAACAGCUCCUUUCGAUGAAACUUAUGAAGAUUUUACCAAAGCACUUCCACCAAAGUCAGCCCGUUACGGCGUUUAUCACCUUCAAUACAACCAAGGAAGUGGCAAAAGAGAAAAGAUCAUCUUUUACUUGUGGACUCCAGCUGCUUGCUCCAUCAAAGAGAAAAUGGUGUAUUCAGCAACCAAGGCGACAAUCAAGCAAGCAUUUGUUGGAUUGUCUGUCGAAAUUCAGGCGACUGGGUACAUCGAACUUGAUGAACAGAAGGUGAUAGACAAGGUCAAGUCUGUCUCUCAGUGA